UAUAAUUUUCUCUUUUGUACAUAAUAGCAUCGUAAUAUUAUUUUUCGAUCCAAUUAAAACCCAAAGUCCAAAACGACCCAAUUUCAUGUUGGGUCAACCCAUCAGCCCAAAUUCCAAGUUAUACAAAUGCGGAUCCGCCAUUGCCAACACAUUCACAAAGCUAGUAGUUAAAAUGCAGGUUAGCCGAUCCUUGUGGAAGCGUCAUCAAAGGAAUAAAACGGCACUUGCAGUUUCCGCUGAAGCCUUAUGCGCUCAGAGUACUACUACUAAACCAAGAUGGAUGAGUACGGUAAUGAGCUUUGGCGACGGCAACCAGGGGGCAUUGGGUCUACCCGAGUCAGAGACUGGUCCCAGAGGCGACGCUUACGAGCCCACCCGGGUCCCCGGUCUCCCUUCCGAUAUCACCAGCAUCAGCGCUGGUCAUUAUCACUCGCUCGCUAUUGAUUCUCGCGGUGGACUCUGGGCUUGGGGCCGUAGCCAGGAGGCCCAGCUGGGUCGUGAUUCCCUUGCUCCGAGAGAUUCAUGGAAUGAUCCAAAGAGAGUGGAAGGGUUGGAUCAUGUGAAUGUUUGUGCUGCUUUUGCAUCAGGCGUUAUUUCUGCCGCAAUUGGCGACGAUGGUUCUGUGUGGGUAUGGGGAAAGUCUAAGCGGGGACAGCUCGGUCUUGGAAAGGAUAUCACUGAGGCUGUUGUUCCUCGCAGAGUUGAAGCACUUGCAGGAGAAAAGAUAGUAAAGGUUUCAUUUGGUUGGGGGCAUGCCCUUGCACAGACAGAGGAUGGAAAGUUGUUGGGCUGGGGUUAUUCAGCUGACGGUAGGAUAGGAAAGGUUGGGGAAGCUUUGGAGGCAUCUCUGCUGGACUCAAAUGCAAAUAUAUCUAUGAAUAACAAACAGUUUUCAGGUUCAGGACUGGCUGUUGCUGAGCAAAUGGUUUUGGAAGGAAUGGAGAAAGAGAAAGACAUGCCAAUCAUUUGGGAACCUCAAUUGGUUGAAGAACUACAAGGGGUUGAAGUGAAAGAUAUUGUAUGUGGGCUUGAUCAUUCCUUGGUUCUUUGCUGUAAUGGCACUUUAUUGAGCUCGGGAAGUAACAUAUAUGGUCAGCUGGGCAGACUCAAACUGGAUUUGGGAUUGUUACCAGUUGAUCUAAGCGUCCAUCCCGUGUCUGUAGCAUCUGGUCUUGGUCAUUCUUUGGUCAUUUGUGAGGUUGCAUCACCGGAUGUUGAAGGUGGUGGGAAGAGCAUUUUCUCAUGGGGAUGGAACCAAUGUUCACAAUUAGGUAGGCAAGGACCAGAGAAUCUCCCAUCCGUGAUUGAGGGAUUGGAAGGGGAAACACCUUUGUCAGUGUCAGGAGGACGGGUGCAUUCUAUUGCUGUGACAUCUAAGGGCCAGGUGUGGGUUUGGGGCUGUGGUAAGAAUGGCCGGCUUGGGUUAGGAAGCUCUAGCGAUGAAGUUGAGCCAAUCCUGCUUGAUUAUUUGGAGGAUUUUGAAGUUCUACAAGCAGUGUCUGGUUUUGAUCAUAACCUGAUCUUGAUAGCUGAAUGAUGUAACUAUAACACAGUGAUUAUUGAAUUUGCGAGCUCAAGUUUCACAAUCAUCAAUGCAUAGAUCCCAAGUCCAUCUAGUUGAGGGGUAUGCUUUCCAGUGGUUUCAGUUUCUAUCUAAAUAAAGUGUGUUUAGAGUCAAGUUUUUAUUAGCUGAACUUUGAAUUGUAAGCAUCAAACAACAUUUUGAGCAAGCUCAUCAAAAAAAGAUAAGUAAAAACAAGAAAGUAAAGAAUAUUUUGCACAUUUAAA